AAACUCAUCGUCGAAGACAAAACAAUGUGCCGGCUGCCGAGUGAAGUACGUUGAGGAAAACUGAGGAAAAGCCAACGAAAAAUUUGGACUUAUUUGCCAACACAUUGAACAGCAGCUUAGUUUUAUUUAAGUGUUAUUUAAGUCAAUAAAUUAAAGUUUGAAAGUCCCAGUAGGCAUUAGUACUGCUCGCCCAACCAGCUCAGCACCAAUCCAACCACAACAUACUAGUUCACCACACCAACCGCGCAAAAGAUACUCACCACUCAUACAUACAAUUUAACUGCAAUUAUCGCCACGCUACACUACCACUACUACCUACCUAAAUACAACAAACAUAUUACAACAAACAUAGAGUAACAAAAGAUGGGCAAAGAUUAUUAUAAAACACUGGGUCUGCCGAAGACUGCCACCGAUGAGGAGAUCAAAAAAGCCUACAGAAAAUUAGCAUUACGCUAUCAUCCGGAUAAAAAUAAAGCCGCAAAUGCGGAGGAGAAAUUCAAAGAGGUCGCCGAAGCGUACGAAGUGCUCUCCGAUAAGAGUAAACGUGAAGUUUACGACAAAUAUGGCGAAGAGGGCCUCAAGAGUGGAGGUAAACGCAAUGGCACUAGCGGCGGUAAUUCGUUCACAUAUCAGUUCCAUGGCGAUCCACGGGCGACCUUUGCACAAUUCUUCGGCUCCAGUAAUCCGUUCGCGUCCUUCUUCGAUAUGGGCGAUAAUCUAUUCGAUAAGAAUGUGUUCGAUUUGGAUACCGAACAUGAUUUCUUUUCAUCCCCAUUUGGCGGUUUGGGUUCACGGCAUGGACUCGGGAGUGGCUUCAGGUAUUGGAGAUUUGUGUUUUAA